AUGGUUAAAGCUGCCGCCCACGAUGCUUCGUUCCAGGCUUCCCAGUACCAAGUCCCCGAUGUUGAUUACAGCGUCUACUCCAAGCAGCCGAAAAAUGGGCUGAUUCUGGGGGUCCCUAAUUGUCGCAACCGUGCGCUCGACCGAAAAAGCGUGCUUCGCCAUUUGGCAGAUAACCAGGUUGGUUUCGUCCCUUUCGGUCACGGCAACAACGGUGUCGGCCCUCGCUAUACCGGCCCUCCUGAGGUCCACCAGAUCUGUCCCGUCGCCCUGAAUUAUUACACUUCCCAGUUCUUCCCACAUAAGCUGGCAACGAGUAAUGCUCUUCUCAACGACGACUACCUCAUGCUGUUCCACCAUCAACAGCUUCGACAAGUGGUAGCCUGCCGCGCUGCAGCCUACAAUUAUUACAAACAUUAUUGA